GCCUUGCCGGAGGGCGGGGAAGCUCCGAAGUGCCCUUCGGCGCCCGCCCGCCCUGUGCCAGAGCUGGCAGCUCCCCCCGUCCCCGUUCUCACUCCCAUGCGGGCGCUGGGGACGACGGCACUCUGGGCAGCGCGGCCGCAGGCAGGCGGCUCCUCUCGGUAUGUCCUGGGGGCUCCCUGUCUGCUGAGCCCGCGCGGGUCCCGCCGGAGCCGCCCCGGGGUCCCAUGAGUUCCGAGCUGCCCCGCGCCUCGCCGCUCCGCGCCCUCUUUAAGAUGGAGCCGGCUCCGUCCGCCUCUGAGUUGCUGGUGGGAGCUUCCGAGUUCCUGAAAGAUCGAUUAUAUUUUGCUACUUUACGGAAUAAACCCAAAAGCACAGUAAAUACCCACUAUUUCUGUACUGAUGAGGAGCUGGUCUAUGAAAAUUUCUAUGCAGAUUUUGGACCUUUAAACUUGGCGAUGUUAUACAGAUACUGCUGCAAACUAAAUAAGAAGCUAAAGUCUUUCAGUCUAUCAAGAAAGAAAAUAGUCCACUAUACCAGUUUUGAUCAGCGGAAACGAGCAAAUGCAGCAUUUUUAAUAGGGUCAUAUGCAGUAAUUUACUUAAAGAAAACACCAGAAGAAGCAUACAGAGCACUUUUAUCUGGAUCUAAUCCACCAUAUCUUCCAUUUAGGGAUGCCUCAUUUGGGAACUGCACAUACAAUCUCACAAUCCUGGAUUGCUUGCAGGGAAUAAAAAAGGCCUUUCAGCAUGGAUUUUUUGAUUUUAAGACAUUUGAUGUGGAUGAGUAUGAACACUAUGAGCGGGUAGAAAAUGGUGACUUCAACUGGAUUGUUCCAGGAAAAUUUUUAGCAUUUAGUGGACCUCAUCCAAAAACCAAAAUUGAAAAUGGUUAUCCUCUUCAUGCACCUGAAGCCUACUUUCCCUAUUUCAGGAAGCACAAUGUCACAUCAAUCAUAAGACUAAACAAAAAGAUCUAUGAGGCAAAACGUUUUACAGAUGCUGGCUUUGAGCAUUAUGACCUAUUCUUCAUAGAUGGAAGCACACCGAGUGACAAUAUAGUGCGGCGGUUCUUGAACAUCUGCGAGAAUGCUGAAGGUGCUAUAGCUGUACACUGUAAAGCUGGUCUGGGGAGAACAGGAACAUUGAUAGCCUGUUACAUAAUGAAACACUAUAGGUUCACACAUGCUGAAGUCAUUGCUUGGAUUAGAAUAUGUCGGCCAGGCUCUAUUAUAGGACCCCAGCAGCACUUUUUGGAUGAGAAGCAAGCAGCAUUGUGGAUCCAAGGAGACUUCUGCCGAUCUAAACAGAAACAACGAUCAGCUGAUGAUGGAACUGUGAAUAAAAUUAUUUCUGGCUUGGAUGACCUUUCAAUCAGUGGGAGUUUUAGUAAAGUACAAAACUUGGAUCAAUGUGUGGAGAAUGACUUUGAAGACAAUGCAGAGUUGGAAUCUAAGAAUGGCAUGACACAGGGAGACAAACUUCGUGCCUUAAAAAGUCAGAGACAGCCGCGAUCUGCUACAACUGGAGCUCUUAGGCUAGAAGAUAUGAAAUUGCACACCAGAUCAAUAUCACAACCUUUCAGAUUGAAUAGUUCAAGUACUACACAAGGGUCCAUGUCUCCUCUGAAGUCCUCCAAGGUGGCAGCAGCUGUUUCACCGUCUGCAAAUAGAAUAAGCAGAAGCCCUACGUCCUUAGGAUCUAAUUUAAAAAGCGUUUCCGUAAACUCCAGGCUAGGCAGUUCUCUAGGGAACCUGUAUGCCGCUUCAGAUGAUACAGAGAGCAAAAUGAUGUCGUCAUCCUCUAGGACAGGUUUUUCUGUAAACCAUGUCUCCAGUCAUUUGAAUGGCAGUGUGCAGCUGCCUACCAGAAAUUCCCAUGAGCUGAACAACAACCUGUACAACAGAAGCAGCAAUAAUGGCACCAACCUCAACAGUCAUGCCAGUUCUCAUGGCACUGGGACAGAUGACAACUACAGCAUCUACCAACCCUCCUUUAUGGGGUUAACUGCUUCUCCGGCACGAUACCUGAGUCGUUCAAUUCCUGUAAGUUCACAGCCACAAAAGCCCUCUCAGGGACAUGACAGAAGCUUAUCUACCUUGCUUCUUCAGACAAAACUAUCACAAAAAAACUCUUAACAAUCUCAGAGCAACUUUCUAAUCCCUUAUCUUUUACAAUUUUCUGAAUGCAUAUAGCAUCUUUGUCUGUUUCUAAUGUUCUUUCAGCUGCUUCCUUUCUGCUUCUCCAGAAUUUGGCUCAGAGAAAGGUGUUAUGAAAGUAGACAAUUUAUAAAAAUACCUUUCAUGAUUACAGCUUCUGAUUUGGAGUUGUUUUUUUUUACUUUAGAUUUUCCAUUUCAAAUCAUUCGUGUUAUAACUUUAGUUUGAGAAUUUCAAUAUAUGUAGAAUAGGAUCUUCCUGGAUCAUUAGAUAUCAUAGGUGUCUUUAUACAGUAAUAUUAGAGGAACUGCUUUGUGUGUGUGUGUGUGUGUGUGUGUGUCUAUACACAUAUAUACCACACUAAAUUGAAAAUAAAUGUGUAAAAUUUAAUCAACUCAAUUCUUUAAAGGGGCACUGUUGAAAUCUCAUCAUUUUCAAACACUGAGUUAGAUAGUUCAAAGUAGUAUGCCAGCCCCCAGAAUCCACCUUCUAUUUUUCAUGGUUUUAUCACCCUGUUUUCCUUUUGAGGGGAAGGAGGUGAGAGUGGGAGGAAAGGUAAAUGCGUUUUCUCCCUUGUUGCUGUGUAAAAAAACCCACACAGAAGUACACUGAUAUAGUAAUGAACUCACUAUACAUUGUGAAAUGUACAGAGUAAAGAAAGGAAAAAAUAGAAAAAUUAUUUCUCAUCUUUCAGUUAUGUUUGGUGGUGUUGGCAAAAAUAGGAGGUUUUAAAACAAAAGAGAGAGAAAUCACAAGUAUGGGGGGCUUUUUAAGUUGACAUGUUCCUUUAAAACCCUAUGAAAACGUCCAGAAUAAAUCAUUCCAGUAUGUGAAGUCAUAUUAAAUAUUAAAGAAGUACAAUUUUAAUAUCUUACGCCUGUGCCUUAAACACAGAAGUGCUUUCAUGUAUGUGUAGGGAUGGCUUCCUGAUUCAUGGCAUAGGUCUCUAUAAAACUUGAUAUUUGCAUCUUUUUGUAUCAAAAAUGUUUUCCAGUAUUACUUCCAUUUUAGUAAUUUUGUAGUCAUCCCUGCUGUGACUUGACCAUCAUAUUCUGAGGUUCUUUCUCCUAGGAGAAAAAAUGCUAUUUCUAAGUAGAAUUCAUUAAAAGUAAAUUUAGAAUAACUUCAAAUGCUAAAGAAUAUCAAUUUUCAAUAAAAUGUAU